CCACGCUCACGCGGGUCGUGCAGACCCGAUACGGCAAGCUCCAGGGUGUGGUGCGCACCGUGGACGCAUCCGUGUCUGCGGCCGCCGGCGGCACGCCGUCUGCCACCGUCGACACGUUCCUGGGCGUGCCGUAUGCCACUCCGCCCGUCGGCUCCAAUCGGUUCGGACCCACUCGCACCCCGUCGCCCUGGGACGGCGUCCGAAUGGCCGAUGCCCCCGGCCCGGUGUGCCCGCAACGCUUGCCGGACGUGUCCAACGAGACGGCAGCCCUGAAUCGCAUGCCCGUAGGACGGCUCGUCUACCUCAAGCGUCUGUUGCCGUACCUGCGCAACCAGUCCGAGGAUUGCCUGUACCUGAACAUCUACGCCCCGUCCCAAGGGAGUAGAAUCGUCCGCAAGUAUCCCGUAUUGGUUUUCAUACACGGAGAAUCGUAUGAGUGGAAUUCCGGAAACCCGUACGACGGACGAGUGUUAGCCAGCAACGCGGAAUUGGUUGUCGUCACGUUAAACUACAGGCUUGGCAUAUUAGGAUUUUUGAACGCUAACGGUUCGCCUAACACAAGAGCUCGUGUGGCCAACUACGGUCUCAUGGACCAAAUAGCUGUACUCCAUUGGGUGCAGCAGAAUAUCGCUCUAUUCGGCGGUGAUCCGGAGAACGUUUCUCUGAUGGGUCACGGGCCCGGAGCCGCUUGUAUAAACUUUUUAAUGAUAUCGCCGACCGUGGUCCCAGGACUUUUCCGUCGAGCGAUACUGCUGUCGGGCUCUGCACUGAGCAGCUGGGCUCUAGUCGAGGACCCCGUGUCAUACGCAUUGGACCUGGCCAAACAGGUGAACUGUACAACUGACGGGACCGGAAACAACCCGGAACCAAUUGUGGACUGUCUGCGGGAAGUGCCCUUAGACCUGUUGAUGUCCGCCGGCGUUGCGUUACCCACAUACCUAAGCGCGUUUGGUCCCAGCGUCGACGGGGUAGUGGUCAAGAGCAACUACCAAGAAGACGUUAUCACCAAUCUGCUGCCCGAAUUUGACGGGUACAGUGGAUCCAGCGUAGCUUUUGGCGCCCGCAAGUUUCAAAAGUUCGAAUUUGGUAGUGGCAUCAAUAAGUACGACCUGCUGUUUGGCGUCGUAACGAGUGAAGCGCUCUGGAGAUUCAGCUCCAAUGACAUACAGGCUGGCUUCGAGGGUGACCGUCGAGACAAGAUCCUGCGUACGUAUGUCCGGAACGCAUACAGCUAUCACUUGUCCGAGAUAUUCUUCACCAUUGUCAACGAGUACACGGACUGGGAGCGGACUGUCCUGCACCCGAUAAACACCAGGGACGCGACAAUUGCGGCGCUUAGUGACGCCCAGUACGUUGCACCGCUGGUGCACACCGGUGACAUGCUCAGCCAGCCAAAGACACCGGCCGCCGACGACCUCAACAAGGAUCGGAGGACCAAAUCGUUUUUCUACGUUUUCGACUAUCAGACCAGGGACGGCGACUAUCCACAGAGGAUAGGUACUGCCCAUGGAGAAGAACUUCCAUAUAUGUUCGGCGCACCAAUGGUAACUGAUGGCAUGAAUCAUUUUUCCAGAAAUUUCACAAAAUCAGAAGCUUUGUUGUCUGAUGCUAUGAUACUCUACUUAGGAAAUUUUGCCAGAACUGGAGAUCCCAACGAUCACGAUGAUAAGCCAGAUUCCGGAUCCAAAGAGCGGAACAGGUUUCGGAGCGUCACGUGGGAUGAAUAUGAUCCGGUGCAUCAAAAGUAUUUAGAAAUAAGCAUGAAGCCCCGGAUGAAGAACCACUUCCGGGCGCACCAGCUGUCCGUGUGGCUGCGACUCAUACCGGAACUGCACCGGGCCGGCAUGGAGGACGUGAUGCUGCGGCACAACCUGUUCCGGAACCACGACGACGCAGAGCUGUACGAGGGCGUGGUGCGGCCGGAUCCGCUGUCCAGGCGCGCACCGCAGCGGGCCACGGUAAACCGAUUCACGGCAAACGGCACGGUGGCCGAGGUGGUGCAGUCACUGACGACCACGGGCCGGCCACAGUGGCCAGCCGCCGAAGCGACCACGUGCCUGCCGCCGGUGCGUGGCUCAAACGCGGCCAACGCGUCCACGUCGGCCGAGGACGCGCUGGCCACGCUGGGCGCGGCCGGUUACGCGGCCUACUCGACGGCGCUGCACGUGACCAUCGCGCUUGGCGUGUCGCUGUUAGUGCUUAACGGCCUAUUACUGGUGAUCAUAUGCUACCAAAAAGACAGGUUCAAAUGCUUACAACACAACCAGCAGCACCAGCACCAGCAGACGGCCGGCGGCCAGGAGGACUCGGUCAGGUACAAGGCGGCCGCCGUGCCGGACGACAGACAGUCGGCCGCGGUGGACAAGGCGGGCGGUUACGACGGGCGCCAUCAUCAUCUGCAGCACCAUCACCAUCCGCCGGGGCAGCAGAUGCACCUGGCCGCGGACGCCGUGGCCGUGGAUAUGGAACAGCGACAUCACCACCAUCACGGCGCCGGUGGCGGCCACCAUCAGCACCACCAUAUGCAUCACCACCACGUGCCGACCGCACAACACCCCGUGCCGCCGCCGCCGCAGACGACCGCGUCCGCGACGUCGACGACCGCGGCGACGGCGCAACAGCAGCAGCUGUCGGCGGCCACGGCGGCGGUGCGCGCGGCGGCCGGGCACGACAUGACGUUCCCGAAAGCGGCCAAACCGUCGUCCAGGCUGCUGCACGACCACCAGAUGAUCGGCGGGGGCGGCUGUCCGCCCAACGGGUCGUUGGUGCACGGCACGCUGCCCAAACCGCCGCCGCCGCCCAGGUCGUCGGUGGGAGUGCAGUCGCAGGAGUCGCAGCCGCUGCUCGUGCAGCAGGGCGUGGGCAUUGGUCAGAUGCCCAAAACCGGUACGCUCAAGAUGCCCGUGGCCGCCAUGAGCGAGAUGAGGGUCUGACCGUCGCUCCGGUCGCUUCUACUGCGCAUGCAAUCAGCACAGUCCGCGGUGUACUAUGAAGUACGGAGGUCGUUGUACUAUGUCGUAGCCGUGUCGUCGUUGCGGUUGUGGUCGACCGUGCGAUUAUAUUACGAAAUGGAAUAUUGUAUUAUCAAUUUGACGAUAAACACUUCCGGCUUGAAGAAAUGAUACCGCGGCCAAACAUACUUCCGGGUGGCUCUCAUCCGACUCGAUUCACCGGUCAACACGCGUGUCGUGCUUAUGACGUGUUCGUAUACCGUACACCUCUGUUUGUGGUAUCAUUACCGUGUAAAUAAUAAUAUAAAUAUUAUAUCACAUAUUAUUUAAUCGUUUAUUCCGAUACACGUUAUUACAAUAUCAUAUUACGCGGAUGAUUCGUCUCUGUCGUGUAUAAUAUAGAAAACGGUGUUGUACUAUUAUUAUAUUGUUUCGUUUGCCUUACAUAGGAAUAUAGUACUAUUAUGUUAUUAUUCUAAUAGAAUAUGUUUAGUAUAAGCGAUCGCGUUUAACUAUAAAACCCAACGGUUUUGUAGUCUUAUUCUUACUUAUUGUAAUAUGUUUGUGUCCACGUCGAGAGUGUUGUAUGCCGAACGAGCGACGGUGGCUAAUAUAGUCUGAUCAUCAGAUACGAUAUUAUUGUAUACGUUAUAAUAUCUGUACCUAUUCUGCAAUUUAAACAUGUCUCGGCGUAUUUAUAAUUCGCGUUUUCAAAAAUAUCAUGACAACAAAGAUUUGAUUUCCGACGGUCGUGUUAUAUAAGUUCUAGCAGACAAUUCAAAUAGGUAGACAAAAGUUGUUUGCUAAAUCGUAUAUUAUGUAAUGUCGAGGAAGUAGAGAACGUAUACUCCCCUAAAUCCGAUGAUUUCGUCAUUUUGUUAGGAGAUUUAUUAUGACUCUAGUAGGUUUAUCGUUAAGCUGUAAAAAAAAAAAAUCAUCAUAAUAUUAUGUUGAUGUAGGUACUAUCAAAUCAAACAAUAAAAGCUGCUCAACAAAUGCGACAUAACAAAACUCUUUGAACAGUACAUAUUUAUUAAUAAUAAAAAUAAUUAAUGCUAAUAUAAAAAACGAGAAGAACUAAAAUAUGGAAAAUAUAUUUUUAUUAUUAUUAAAUAGACAGUUGAUAAGAACUUUAGAGUAACUGAUAUACGACCGUUUAAAAAUAUAAACUUUAUUUUAACUAUUCAACUAAACUUUAUUAUUAUAGCUUUCAAUUGAUAUUUAAGUAAACAAAUAAAAUGUCUUAACUAUUGUUGUAUUAUUUAAUUUAUUGAUUUCACGUUGAAUUUAAAAUUUUAAGUUAAAAUCUGAUACAAUAUUAUAACAACCUGUAACUACCCGCCAGUACCUACCGCAGAAAACAAUAAUAUUUCGUUAUUCUGACCUUAAUUCGUCUGCCGUUACGUUUGCGUCUGUUUUAUCAAUACUUUAGGUAGAUUAUAUCAUAGUUUCACGCUCUAUACGCAUUUUCGGCGAACUCUAUUCCAUAUAUGUUAAAAUUAUACAUAUAUUUUUGAGAAAACUUCCUAUUUCUGCUAUAAGAUAUACAAAAAAAACCAUUAUUACAUAAUAUACACGUGUAGACACACGCUUGCAACAACGCAUGUAUUUUAAGAAGAUAAUCUAAUUCAACAAUUCCGAUUUAUCUCAAAAAAAAGUCAAUCGACAUACAGUAUAAGUAAUAUCAAUUCACUUCACAUCAUUUGAUUUCAGUAUUUUACGCCGCCGAGUAUACAAAUCGUAGUGGAUUGUUUUGAAAACAAUAUUUACCGUCAUUGUUAUUUUAUUUCAUUUCGAGAGUAACGCGGGCAGAAAAAAACAACAUAAUUUAAAUUAAUGAGCUAUUCGGUUGCGCCCCACGGACGAAAGGACUCCUGACGCUACGGCUAUAUAUUAGCCAUUUGACUUCCAAAAAUAAAUAAUUAUAAAAUUAAUUAGAAUAAUUGCAUUGAAUCUGAAUACUAGUUCACGCGCCGUAUUAUAUUUCUGGACAUUUCGUUUCAUUGUAGGUACAUAAUACUAUAAGUAUAUUACAAGUUUUCGUUGCUGAUGUUUCUGUUGCGAGGUUGAGAGAUCAGUUAAGAUAGUUCAGCUAUCUAACAUUAUUCUUUUGCUUGGUAGUUCAACUACCAAAGAGGAAAGAUCUCUAUUUGUCAGAGAUUCCCUGCUAUUUAGUCCAGAGGCUAUCUAUUUGAUCAAAAACCUAGUCAUAGACCUAUAAUAUUUGAGUCAAUAAUAUAUUUUUAAACUUUACAAAUAGAUUACCACUUAACCUACCACUGUUAAUUAUAUGCUAAUAUUAUUUUAUUUUAUAUUAUUAUGAUUUAUGAAUUAUUGUUGUUGGCCAUACCAGACGAAUAAUUGGUAAUUUAUUUUGUUUCGUCAUCAUCAUCAACGUAAUUGAAUAUUCUUCAGCAAUGAUUGAAAAAAUCGCCAACAUUUUAUACGUACCAAGUAUAUAUAGUUAUUAUAUAUUGUUUUUAUGUGAUGACCGUAUUAGUUAAUUUUAUAACUAUAUAUUUUAAAUAUAAAUCUUUAUGUUUUUUAAGUAAAUAAUAUACUACGGGUACAUGUUCAUAUUUUGUAAAAAAACGCCUGCAAAAUUAUAAUUUUUUGAGUUUAUGAUAUUUCACGUUAUCAUAAUAAUAGUAUAGGCACCCUAUAAUCAUUAUGAUCAACUUGAAUCGUGAUAAUUUCAAUCGGCAAUUAAACGAUCUUUUUCAUUGUGGAACACUCUAAUUGGAUUAAAAAUAAUUUAUGACUAAAUCAGUUUUAUUUGUGCUCCAUACAGCAAAUUAUUGACAAUUGUUUGCACAUUCACAUGUAUAUGCGCAGAAAACAACAUAAUAAAUAAUAAUCAUAUUAUUUAUUGUUGAUAGUUAAACUUGUGGUUACAAAUGUUGCUUUCGUUGUGAUCUAAAACUAAAAAUAAAAUAUUAAACUGGAAGAUAGGUAAUUUUAUCAUUUUGGCAUACAUUCAUUAAUUGAUUGAACAAUAGUGAAUUAUUAUCACACGUACAAUUAUAUGUACAUUUUAAUUAAACGAAUCACGGAAACCAUUAUCCGAAUUUGUCGACAUCCACGAAACACAAUUAGCCUUAUUUUGAUUAAAUAACUAGAUAUUCAACCACGACACAUGUCAAUUAUAUUAUGAGCCUAAAUCUAAAACCAUAAUAUUUUCAAUGAUUAGGUAUAAUAAUUUUGCGACACACUAUCACCAAAAAAACCCUACAGCAGUGAUUUAUUUUAUAAUUAUAAGUUAAAUUAUAAGUUUUAAUCAGAUUCAAUAACGUAUUCCACUAAUCUAUCGCUUAUAAAUAUGUUUUAGAAUAUUCGUAUAUACGUUUUUAAGAUUUUUUUUUGAGCUCGUAAAAAAACAUAAAAUUAAAUAAAUGGGAGGUGGAUAAUUGAUGACAUAAUGUAGAAGAACAAGUAAAAUUGAAAACAAAAAAACAAUAUUCUUGUUAUCCUAUGGUUUUUCCUUCACAGAACCAUCGGUAUAAAAGUUUUUUUCUCUAGAACUACAAACAUAAUAAUAAAACAAAAAACUUUUCUUAUUACUUUGACCGUAUUAAAAGUUUGUUAUAAUUUAUUUAACAGAAAGGUUAAAGUGAUUUUUUUUACGUAAAAAUCUUUGA